AUUGACACAUGAUUUUUUUAGGUUGUUUUUGUGUUUACUGAAAAAUGAAAAUUAAACGCAGGUGCCGUGCUUUGAAGUUUUCAAUUUAUUUACAAUAUUUUGUCACAACUUAAUAUCUAAUGGUGAGCUUAAGGAACAAUUUAUAAAACAUGUCUAAAAAGAAACUCUUUGAUGAAGACUCGGAGGAGGAAUUGGCGAUCAAAACUGAGAACGCGUAUGCCAAAAAGUACGAUGCUUGGCGAGAAAAAGAAGAAUUGCACAAAUUGGAACAAAAAUAUGGCUCAAAAGCUUUGAACUCAGAUGCCUCUUCAUCGUCUGAUAGUGAGGAUGAGAGUGAUGAGCCAGUGGAGGUCUCAGAGGAGGUGGAGAAGCAAUUCCUGAAGACCUUGGCACUGUUGAAGACCAAGGACCCACGGAUAUAUGACCCUAACUAUAAGUUCUUUGAUGAACAACUUGAAAAGGAAAAAGAGAAGGAACCAGAAACUAAAAAGUUGACAUUUGGUGACAGUGAUGAUGAAGAUGAUGAUGAUCCAAACAUUUUCAGCAUUGAGAAGAAAGCUGAGAUUGACCAGCCAGAUGACAAAAAAAGUGCUAAAGAAGACAAACUAAAAGAAUACCUCACUGGGAAAGCAGAGCAUGUAGAUCAAGAACUAGAGAGUGACCUGGCUCCGCUGCGGGCUCUGUGGUCAGACCCCAAGAUUAAUGAUGGAGAAGCUUUCCUUAGGGACUAUAUACUGAAUAAAAGGUAUUUAGAAGAUGGUGAUAUAGGUGAAGCAGAAGACAAGAUCAGAGAUGAUGCAGAUCUGGAGGAAGAUGAGAAACAAGUGGAGGAGCAGGGCAAGUUCGAGCGUGCUUACAACUUCCGCUUUGAGGAGCCUGAUGAUGAGUAUCUAAAACGUUUCCCGCGCACUAUGAACUAUAUCCGCCCCAAGGACGACCGGCGCUCGCGCAAGCGCGCGGAACUUCGGACCAGAAAGGAAGAGGAGAAGAAGCAGAAAAUGGAGGAGAUAGCCCGGAUGAAGGCGCUCAAGCUGAAGGAGAUCCAGGAGAAGAUCGCUAAGAUCAAGGAGGUCACUGGCAACCAAGAUCUGGCGUUUCAGGAAGCGGACAUAGAAGGAGAUUUCGACCCGGAGGAGCAUGACAGACGCAUGAAAGCACUGUUUGAUGAACAAUACUACGGGGAGGCGGAUGACCAGAAACCGGUGUUCCCCGACUUGGAUGAAGAACUGGAAAUUGAAAAUUGGGAAAAAUACGAUCACCAGGAGUUCAGUAAAGAAAACAAAGAUGUGGAUGAAGAUGAUCCUCAUUGCGAAGAUGAAAAUUUUAAUAUGGACGCAGACUACGACCCGAAGCAAGCAAAACUGAACCUGCUAGAAGAGUUAAAACGCAACAUGGGCAAAAAGCGCCGGAACCGAAAACGCAAAUCCAAAUUGGCCCAACUUCUGUCGGACGAUAAACCCAAGUUUGUGCCCGACUUGCAGAAGAAGUACUCAGAGUUCAUGGAGGAAUAUUAUAAGAUGGACUGUGAAGAUGUCAUUGGAGGGGAUCUGCCAACUCGGUUCAAGUAUAGGGACGUUGUUCCUAAUGACUUUGGAUUAACUAUUGAAGAGAUCCUUCUAGCAGACGACAGAGAAUUAACGCAAUGGGUGCCUCUGAAGAAGAUUGUCAAGUAUCGGCCGGAGAAUGUGGAGAGAGGGGAUGUGAAGACGUACUCACAGAAGGCGGCCGACGAGAGGUUGAAGAAGAAGAUUUUGCCCAGUCUGUUUAAGGAUUUACCAGAAGAACCAGAAAUAGUAGUGCCACCAGAAGAAAUUAACAAAAAAAGGAAGAAUAAGAAGAAAAAGAAAAAUAAGGAACAAGAUAAUCCAGACAAAACAGAUACUAACAUUAUUGGUGAAGACAGCACUGCUAAUCAAGACAUUGAAGAAAGUGAUACUAUGAAUGGAAAUGAACAAGUAUCCAAGAAAAAGAUUAAAACUAAAUAUGGUAUUAAUAAAGAAGGUAAUGAUAAGGAAACUGUGGAGUAUUCUGUAAAUUAUAUUAAUACAACAGAAGACAAUAUUGAGAAACCUAAGAAAAAGAAGAAACGAAAACAUAAUAGCUACUCAGAAAAUGUCUUCGCAGAGUUAGAUAGUGGCAAAAUCAACCAAAAUUACAUAGAAGGUGGAAAUACACGAAGAAUAGGAGAAGAAGAGUCUGUAAAUAGUGAAGUUAGCAACGGUUUAAAUAAAAAAAUCAACAAAGAACUUAACAAAAGUAAAGGAUUUGAAGAAAAUAAAACGCAUAAAGAAUCAAGUAUUACUAAUGAAGUCAACAAAAUGAAAUCAAAACAUAAAAAACAACGAAAAGAAUCUGAUAAUAGUGAAAUUAGUAACACUUCAGAUAUAAUCAAUAAAAAUAAUACACAAUUUAAUAAAAAGAAAAAGGCCAAAAACUCUUUCGCAGUUGAUACUGUAACCAAUGAAGCUCCGACUAGAGUCACAGACGAAAAAGGUCAUGGACAAAAAGAAGGUAAAAAGAAAAAUAAACACGAAAAUUCUUUCGUUGUUGAAACAUUAAAUGAACAGAAUGGUCAACGUAAUCUAAUUAAUAAACAACAAGUUAAAAACAAUGAAGCGAAAGAUGCUGAUAAAAAGAAAAAUAAUUUGAAACGUAAAUUAGAAUCUAUUUUAAACACCAACAUUCCCAAAAAGAAACAGAAGAAAAAUAAAAAUAAGCAAGAAAAUAAUUCGCAAGUUAACAUAAGUAAAAGAGAUAGUAAGAAUAAGUUUAAGAGGAAAAAUAAAAUGUCCAGUACAAAAGAAAAGUCAAAUAAUCCUUUGAGCAAUUUAUCUGAUGAAAGACUCAAAGCUUACGGUUUGAAUCCGAAAAAGUAUCGAAGCUUCUUAAAAUACAAGAAAUUUUAAAUUAUUUUGUACUGAACUCACAGUACCUAUAAAAAAUUGUUGAUUAUAUUGAUUAAAUUAAUAAUUACCUUAAUUAUAUCGUCAGAGUUAUGUAUUUAUAUAUUUCUUAUUAAAUAAAAUGAAAACAAUCUUUUUA